GGUCGGCUCCUUGCGCUCGGCGGCCGCGGCGGCAGCAGCAGCAGCAGCACCAGCAGACGUUGGCGGCCGAGCUGCUAGGAUCAGUUCCCCCGGGUUUCGCCGUCCGAGACUUCUUUCGGGGCACCCCAAGCAGCAAACCAAGAUGGAGUAUGAGUGGAAACCUGACGAGCAAGGGCUUCAGCAAAUCCUGCAGCUGCUGAAGGAGUCCCAGUCCCCAGACACCACCAUCCAGAGAACCGUGCAACAAAAACUGGAACAACUCAAUCAAUAUCCAGAUUUUAACAACUACCUGAUUUUUGUUCUUACAAAAUUAAAAUCUGAAGACGAACCCACAAGAUCAUUGAGUGGUCUCAUUUUGAAGAAUAACGUGAAAGCACAUUUUCAGAACUUUCCAAAUGGUGUAACAGACUUUAUUAAGAGUGAAUGUUUAAACAAUAUUGGUGACUCCUCUCCUCUGAUUAGAGCCACUGUAGGUAUUUUGAUUACAACCAUAGCCUCCAAGGGAGAAUUGCAGAAUUGGCCUGACCUCUUACCAAAACUCUGUAGCCUGUUGGAUUCUGAAGAUUACAACACUUGUGAGGGAGCAUUUGGCGCCCUUCAGAAGAUCUGUGAAGAUUCUGCUGAGAUUUUAGAUAGUGAUGUUUUAGAUCGUCCUCUCAACAUCAUGAUCCCCAAGUUUUUACAGUUCUUCAAGCACAGUAGUCCAAAAAUAAGGUCUCACGCUGUUGCAUGUGUCAAUCAGUUUAUCAUCAGUAGGACUCAAGCUCUGAUGUUGCACAUUGACUCUUUUAUCGAGAACCUCUUUGCAUUGGCUGGUGAUGAAGAACCAGAGGUACGGAAAAAUGUGUGCCGGGCACUUGUGAUGUUGCUUGAAGUUCGAAUGGAUCGCCUGCUUCCUCACAUGCAUAAUAUAGUUGAGUACAUGCUCCAGAGGACGCAAGAUCAAGAUGAAAAUGUGGCUUUGGAAGCCUGUGAAUUCUGGCUCACUUUGGCUGAGCAACCGAUAUGCAAAGAUGUACUCGUAAGGCAUCUUCCUAAAUUGAUUCCUGUGUUAGUGAAUGGCAUGAAGUACUCAGAUAUAGAUAUUAUCCUUCUUAAGGGUGAUGUUGAAGAAGAUGAAACAAUUCCUGAUAGUGAACAAGAUAUAAGGCCACGUUUUCAUCGAUCGAGGACAGUGGCUCAGCAGCACGAUGAAGAUGGAAUUGAAGAGGAAGACGAUGAUGACGAUGAAAUUGAUGAUGACGAUACAAUUUCUGACUGGAAUCUAAGAAAAUGUUCUGCUGCUGCCCUAGAUGUUCUUGCAAAUGUGUAUCGUGAUGAGCUUUUGCCACAUAUUUUGCCCCUUUUGAAAGAAUUACUUUUUCAUCAUGAAUGGGUUGUUAAAGAAUCUGGCAUCUUGGUUUUAGGAGCAAUUGCUGAAGGUUGCAUGCAAGGCAUGAUUCCAUACUUGCCUGAGCUCAUUCCUCACCUUAUUCAGUGCCUCUCUGAUAAAAAGGCUCUUGUGCGUUCAAUAACGUGCUGGACUCUUAGCCGCUAUGCACAUUGGGUAGUCAGCCAGCCCCCCGAUACGUACCUGAAGCCAUUAAUGACAGAAUUGCUAAAGCGAAUCCUGGACAGCAACAAGAGAGUACAAGAAGCUGCCUGCAGUGCCUUUGCUACCCUAGAAGAGGAGGCUUGUACGGAACUUGUUCCUUACCUUGCUUAUAUACUUGAUACCCUGGUCUUCGCGUUUAGUAAAUACCAGCAUAAGAACUUGCUCAUUCUUUAUGAUGCCAUAGGAACUUUAGCAGAUUCAGUAGGACAUCAUUUAAACAAACCAGAAUAUAUUCAGAUGCUAAUGCCUCCACUGAUCCAGAAAUGGAACAUGUUAAAGGAUGAAGAUAAAGAUCUCUUCCCUUUACUAGAGUGCCUAUCUUCAGUUGCCACAGCCCUGCAGUCUGGUUUCCUUCCAUACUGUGAACCUGUGUACCAGCGUUGUGUGAACCUCGUACAGAAGACUCUUGCACAAGCCAUGCUGAACAAUGCUCAACCAGAUCAGUAUGAGGCUCCAGAUAAAGAUUUUAUGAUAGUGGCUCUUGAUUUACUCAGUGGCCUGGCUGAAGGACUUGGAGGCAACAUUGAACAGCUGGUAGCCCGAAGUAACAUUCUAACACUAAUGUAUCAGUGCAUGCAGGAUAAAAUGCCAGAAGUUCGACAGAGUUCCUUCGCCCUCUUAGGUGACCUGACGAAAGCUUGCUUUCAGCAUGUUAAGCCUUGUAUAGCUGAUUUCAUGCCUAUACUGGGAACCAACCUAAAUCCAGAGUUCAUUUCAGUCUGCAAUAAUGCCACAUGGGCAAUUGGAGAAAUCUCCAUUCAAAUGGGUAUAGAGAUGCAGCCUUAUAUUCCUAUGGUGUUGCACCAGCUUGUAGAAAUCAUUAACAGACCCAACACACCAAAGACGUUGUUAGAGAAUACAGCAAUAACAAUUGGUCGUCUUGGUUACGUUUGUCCUCAAGAGGUGGCCCCCAUGCUACAGCAGUUUAUAAGACCCUGGUGCACUUCUCUGAGAAACAUAAGGGACAAUGAGGAAAAGGAUUCAGCCUUUCGUGGGAUUUGUACCAUGAUCAGUGUGAAUCCCAGUGGAGUAAUCCAAGAUUUUAUAUUUUUUUGUGAUGCUGUUGCAUCGUGGAUUAACCCAAAAGAUGAUCUGAGAGACAUGUUCUGUAAGAUCCUUCAUGGAUUUAAAAAUCAAGUUGGGGAUGAAAAUUGGAGGCGUUUCUCUGACCAGUUUCCGCUUCCCUUAAAAGAGCGUCUUGCAGCUUUUUAUGGUGUUUAAUCUCAUACACUUAAGCUGCAGUCCCAUAAUUAGGGGUCCUUCAGUCUUGGAGACUAUGAGGGAGCCUCUGCACCCAGGGAAAAUGUUACCCUUUACAGGGGGGAAGGGUAAACCAGUAGGGAAUACAGUACAAUCCCAACCCUACUGGGAGGGGCGGGAGGGAGGUGUUGCCGUCACUGUAUUAAGUCGAUGUUGGGAAACGUUUUAACAUCUGGAGCCUUUGUGGGUGGAAAUCUGUCUCCAAUUACAACUCCGCACUGGAUGUGAAGAAGCAAAAACAAAAAACAAAACAAAACAAAAAAAAAACAAAACCUAUUCAGUCUACUCACAAAACAGUACAUCCUGGAAUAUUAUGGGGAAUUGUACCAAAACAAGAACCACAUAAAUGAUGCAUAGGGAUAAGAAAGAGGAAAAAUUCUAUAGCGCACAAUAAAGGAAACCUAAGAAUGGGGUUACAAACAGUAAAGAAGCUUUUUUUUUUUUCUUAAUUUAAAGAUUUUUAUAAAUUUUCCCACAUGAUGGGGCCUUGUUUUUGCAUGCUGAUGAAGAACUACACAAAUGAAGCUAAUAGAAUUAAAAUCAGCUUGCCUACCCAUAGUAGAAGCAGGUUCUUGGAAGUUACAAUUUAAGGUACCCCAAAAAAGUUGGAAAUAAAACCAAGCAAAUUUAAACAAUGAAGCACCCUGUGAAAUGCCAAAUGAGUCACUCCUUUUACCUUUGUGGGAUGGGCAGGGAGGGAGGAAUAAAUGGGGGUUGGGCAUAUCAAACUAAAGAUUGACAUCUUGAUUUUGCAUUAAAACAUUAAUGUAGUGGAUAUAAUUUGAUGGUUGUACUUCAUUAGAUUUAAUUUCUAGGCCAAGACGUUCUUUUUAAAGUGCAGUUUAAGGUUCAGGCAUGCAUUCUGGCUCAUAGUGAUUGAAAGUACUUUAAAUUAGUGGGGAAGUAGCAUGCUUGCAUCACAUAGAGUGAGAUUGGUAUUCAUUUACCUCUGGUGCGCCAGUGUGUGUUGCAGUUUACCAAUUCAAUAUAGCCCUGCAUUUAAAAUUCCUUUUUAAGAUUUGUGGAUUUUUUAUUUUUAUUAAGAAUAUAGAUAUAAAGUACUGUAGUUUACAGCUAGGCCUUGAAAUAUCUUCUUAGGAUCUUGUUAGGAGUAAGAUUGAUAUUGUAUUGUGUGUAACCUGCACAAUGUGGAAAGCUGAUAUACCUGUGCAAAAUCUUUGCCUCCGUGCUGUCAGUGUGAUGUGCUUUCUGCAUGGUUAUAUACUACUAGUGAUUUUAUCAAAACUUCUAAAACAUAAAAUACAUGGUAAAAGAUCUGUAAGAGGCUGCAUAAAUGUUAGUUGGCACAUAAAGACAAUUGUAGAAGUUGAAGACAUGAUUGCUAUAUCUCAAUGUUUAUUCCCACUCAACAUAUUGCCUUCUAAGCUUUCUUUUUUUGUUCAAAGCAUGAUCUUAAAGAUGUUUAAGUUAAUGGAUGUAAUGCAGGGUUCCUACACUGUAUUGGCGCAUGUUGGUGGCCCUCUGUGCCCUAGACAGAUGCACACAGGGUGCAAGUAAAAAGCUACAGAGUGAAAGUUGGUUUGGAUCCUCUUCAUUUCAUUUGUUUAGCUUUUCUGUUAUUUUUCUCUACUUACAUGUAUUCCUGUGAAUAAAUCCUUGUUAAGUUAACCCUUUACUUUUCCUUCCAUGUGUAUUUUCUUAUAUACUGUGAAUGUGAAAACCUAACUGGUACACUUGAUCUUGUGUCCAUAUGAAAGUGCAAGUCUUUAUUAAUUUGGAUUGCCUGAACAGUGUAUCCCAUGAUGAUGAAGGAAAAUGGAGAGAUUUUUCUUUUUAACUCUGCUGGUCAGAGAUGAAGCCACACCUUUCCAUUUUUCAAUGCUGCAUAUUUAAUCUGCAACAAAAAUGUUAAGCCAUAACAACCUUUUUAUAUUUUAGUUUGUCACCUUUGCAUUGCAGAAUAAAUCCUGAAUAACCAUUUUUAUAAGCAGUUGCUCCUCUUUGCAUGGUUCUGUUCUUCUAAAGGUGUUGAAUGAUACAGCCAUUGCACUGAAGUUUGAGCUGUAUGCGUGUGAAUUUAAAAAUACCGUUUCAAACAACUUCAAAUGCAUGGUAGCAUGCAGAAAGGUUUUUGUUACUCUGUGUGUGUGUGUGUGUGUGUGUGCGCGUGCGUGUGUGUGUGUAUAUGUGUGUAUUUUUUUAAACAUGUUCUUUCACCUUUUUCCCUCUACUUUGGCUUUGCAAAUUUCAGUCUGUAGAGCCCAAAAUUAAGUCCUAUUUUACAAAUGUCCAGUUUGUUUUUUUGUUUUUUUUUUUUUAAUUAUAAAGUUGGAUCCAAAGGGUAUGUAGCAUUUUGCUUUCUAGUACCUUGCUUCAUUGGGAGCUCCAAUUUUGCUUCAGUCUUCAAAACCUGAUUAGUAUAACCAUUUUAUCCUUAAAUCCUAGUGACACUCUGUAGUUUGUCAAAUACUUCUUAGAAUUUAGUGUUGGAGAUAUUUUAGUAUUCUGGAAGAAGUAAAAUAUAGAUUGAAAGAAAUGGCAAAAUUCUUCCCUAAACACUUUAAAACAAACCUAUAGAAACAACCCUCAGUAAAAUUAUCUGGACCUGUGAUUGACAAUUCCACACUGACUGAAAAGCGAUUUGUUACCUCUUUGAUUAAAAAUUGGUCUUUAAUUAAGCAGAUAUGUAAGAUGGAGUGUGCCCAUUUUUGUAGUCACUUAACCUGUUUUAAAUUUAAAGGAAAUUUAAUUUAAAAAUAGUCAAAUUAAGGAAAUAUGAUUGGCAACCUGAGAUUGGGUUGGGUUUUUUGUGCUUUUCUGCCCUUGAGGUUAUUGUUUCUCCCCAAUUUAUAUUUCAGAUACGUAGUAUAGCCUAGGAAUUUGCAGAAGCCAUUUAAGUUCUCUUUUGAGGUAAGCUCUGAUUUAGCAUUUAUUAUUCUGAUAAAACUUAAUACAUCAUGGGAUAUAUAUAAAGCAACUUAAUUCUUGUGGUGUAGUCUUAAUAGUUUUGAAUGUUGACUGAAUGUCUAUGAAAUCGUGUUUGUCUUUGUUACAUUCCAGUGUUUCUGCCUCUUGGCAUGCUUAAAGCACGGCUUACUUCAUCUGCUCCUUCCACACUAAAGUGCUGUUAGUGUGCUCAACUACAGAAAUAGCCGCUGCUAAGUGAUGUAGAUUUUCUACUUGAAUAUUUUUAUGUUGUAGGAACCUCAGGAGGUCAGUGUUUACUGUUUUAUAUAUGCCUUCUUUUUCCUGUUCGAGCUUCUCUCUUUGAAGGAUUCUAACAGAACAAAAGCUGCUGAUCAACCUAAGUUGGAAACAGAAAGUGUAUUUAAUAUAAUUUAAAUGCAUGUUUGGCAGUUCAGUGUUGUAGUCGGUUCAUUAGCAAGUGAACUUAGUGCCACAGAAUUCAUUUAUUCAGGAAAGAAUUUUGCUUUUUGUAUUGUCUAAUCUCUUUAAUAACUUCAUACCGUGUAAAAAAAAAAUCACUUUUUUAUAUUUUUUAGUUGGUUAUUUCCCAAAUAAUCAACAUGUAAAUAAUCUUUAAGAGCCAGUUCUGAUGCUUUACAUUAUUGCUACUUGAUUUGUGACGCAAGUUAGGUUUCAGAAGAAUAGAUUUUAAGACACUUAACCAAGCCAUUACAUCUUAAAAACGAAAGAAGUAGCAUACAUUUUGUAAUUAACAUAUUGAUAAACACUGUGAUUUUUUUUGUUAAGACUUUUUCAUUGAUCUGAAUUGCUUAAAUUGCAUAUAUUGUAAAAUAGGAUCAGAUGUAUAUUUUAAAAUAAUUUGAACUGACUUUUCCUCUCUUGAAAUGCUUUGUCUACUCAGUUAUGAAAUAUUCAGAUACAAGUUUUAUCUCAGGUGAAUACUCUUGUAUCCUUUUUGCUUUGGUGACAUAUGCUAUAAAGGUUCAUCGUACUUAGUUUGUUUUUUAGUGUAUUUCAUGAAGAAUCUUCGCAUUUAGUCAGAUUUUCCAAUCCUUACUCUAGCAGACUAGGGUGGUAUAGAUCCCUCCUGGCAAGCCUUUUGCAUGCAGGUUUACCUUGAAAGUGAGUUCAAUUUGGUCCUCCUUUUCUCCAAACCCUCAAGAUAGGAAAAGGGGUUUUUCUGUCCUGUACUGAAUCACCCUGUGUAGCUGAGAUGCCAGAAUUAAACUAAUUAUAUCUUAAGCUCUUUAGUCUAAAUUUAACUUUAAAUCCUUUGCCAUAAAGAAAAAAGUGGUUUUUUUGCUUCAUAUAAUUAAUCUAUAUUAUUCAUAUUGAAUGUAUUAACAGAUAACGGUGCAAAAGACAUUCUUCCCAAGAGAAGAGUGUACCAUGCGUAACUGCAACUUAAAUCCUUCUUUAGUAGUACUUUAAAAUACAGCUUUGCUUAUUGAGUUAUUUUUGCAAAUAUUACAAGGGGGAAAACACUAACUGUUGCUACUAGUACUGUUACUGAAGUGUAGGCAUUGAAAUCUUAAAAACUAGGGUCUUCAGAUUAAGGGAUAAUCUAGGUGAAAAAUCAGAUCGAUAAAGAGCUGUGUAACAAUAUCAUCUAGUAAUAAUACCAUGCAAGAGCAUUGUAUACUUACUUAGUAGACUUCAUACUGUAUUAAAUACGGAGAUAUUUCUAAUGCCUCUUAAAAUUAAAUUUUGCAUAAAAGUUUUCAUUCACUUGUACACUUUCCAGGUGACUUGUGACGAAUUUUUUCAGUCUUAAUUUAGACCUUUCCCCCAUUGGUAUUACUUAUAUGUAGAGGAUUCUUUACCUUUAUUCCUAAUUCUUAUACAUGUUAAUUUUAAGGUAUACAUUUAAAUUAAUAGCAACUGUUUAUUGUGAUUUGUAUCCCAGAAUGUAUUGUGUUUUUAAAAAAACUGUAUGCAUGAUUUUAAGGGAAGUUAAAAUGGUGAUUUUUUUUUUUUCUCACCUCUUGUACAUUUUAAAACCAAACCAAAUCUUUUUGCCAAGCACUGUAUCACUAAUUAGGAAAAUAGUAUUUUCCCUUUUGUUGAAAUUUUUGUUCAUCUACCAUAGAAUCCUCUUUUACUAUGGCUUGGUAUUAUGCAGAAUUAGCUAUUUUGCAAGUCUAAUUAUCUUCCUCAAAGCCUACUAUAACAUGGUUAGCCUGUAAGGCAGUGUUUGUCCCCUCCUAAUACCAGCCUCAUAAAGGGGUUUCGCUGUACUUUCCCCAUAUUACCUUACUGAUGUUUUCCUGUGUGGAUAUAUAACCAAAUUAAGAUUGGAUGAUUUCUAUGGAGAUAAUAAUUAGACAAUACUGUGUAAUUAAUUUUACUUAGUAGAUGAUCAUCUGUGAGAAGAGAUGUUUAAACGUGGUUAAUGACUUCACUUCAUAUUAUAAAGCAGUUUUACAAUUAAUAUUCAUGUUAACAUUGGGUGCAAUAAUUUAGUAGUUUUAGCGUUAGUUAUAAAUAACUGGAUCUUUCUGCUGACAACUUAGGUUGUAUGAGUUAUGCUUAAAAGCUUUAAAUCUGAUGUUUCCUGUACCUGCCACACUAUGUUAGAAUGUGUCCUUCAAAUAGAUCCUCCUGCAACUUCUCAAACUGUACUAAAUUGAUAUUUCUUGAAGUCUAACUCUGUGCUAACAGAUCUUCAUUUUAAAUAGAAUAUGGUUUUAAUUUUUGAUAAGCUGCUGAAUUUUAAAGAGAGUUUUUUGGGGCCACCAAAUAUUUUGGAUCAUGCAGAGAAUAUAUAUUGUACUGUAGUAAUUUUGUAUUUACAUUUGUAUGAUGUGACAUAAUAGAUGUGAAUGUUAAUCACUGCUUGACUAUGUUAAUAAAGUUGUUUAACUAUA